AUGAGUAUUCAUGGAACGGGAAACUUCCUCAGCUGGCACCGCUACUACAUCUGGGCCUGCGAACAAGCUCUACGCAACGAGUGCGGAUACAAGGGCUAUCUCCCGUACAACAACUGGUCAAAAUGGGCAAAGGAUCCGCUCGCAUCGCUCCUCUUUGACGGCAGCAAGACCAGCAUUUCGGGUGACGGAGAUUGGAAAAUCAAUCUAGGUCCCAUGCAAACGACCGCGAAGGGUGUACCACCGAACCCACAAGCCGAUGGUCUGGGCUACAACCCUCGUUGUCUUAGUCGUGAUAUUAAUACCCAGGCCUCCAACGAGACACGAGACGAGAUGGUUGUCGACCUUAUUACGAACUACCCUGACAUCCUUAGCUUCCAGAACAAGAUGCAGAACUUCACCCUAGGAGUCAUGGGCGUCCACAAUGGAGGUCAUUACACUAUUGGCGGUGACUCUGGAAUGGAUAUGUUCAACUCACCAGCAGAUCCAUCUUUCUACUUCCAUCGCACCAUGAUCGAUAGAGUAUGGUGGACGUGGCAAGCCCGGGAUCUAAAAAAAAACAGGCCGAAUAUUAUUGCCGGAACCAUGACUUUCCUGAACAACCCGCCAAGCCGCAAUACUAAUCUUGACGAUGUCCUGAGUGUAGGAUAUGUUGGCAAACCAAAUAUCACCAUCAAAGACGCACAGAGCACUAUCGCGGGGCCGUUCUGCUAUGUGUAUGCUUAG